GAGACGGAAGGGGGGGCUGCCCCGGGGCGGCCCCCCAACGUUGGGCCGCGACGGGCGGGCGGCGGCGGCGGGAGCGCGUCCCGUCCGGGUCCUGAGGAGCCGCCGCCGCCGCCGCCGCCACUGCCGCCGCCAGCACCACUUGCCAACAUGGCGGACCUGGAGGCCGUGCUGGCCGAUGUGAGCUACCUGAUGGCCAUGGAGAAGAGCAAGGCCACGCCGGCCGCCCGAGCCAGCAAGAAGAUCGUCCUGCCGGAGCCCAGUAUCCGGAGUGUGAUGCAGAAGUACCUUCAGGAAAGGAAUGAAAUCACGUUCGACAAGAUUUUCAAUCAGAAAAUCGGUUUCUUGCUAUUUAAAGAUUUUUGUUUGAAUGAAAUUAAUGAAGCUGUACCUCAGGUGAAAUUUUAUGAAGAGAUCAAAGAAUACGAAAAGCUGGACAACGAAGAAGAUCGCCUUUGUCGAAGUCGCCAGAUUUACGACGCCUAUAUCAUGAAAGAGCUCCUCUCUUGUUCCCAUCCGUUCUCCAAGCAAGCCGUGGAGCAUGUACAAAGUCAUCUAUCGAAGAAACAAGUGACAUCCACUCUGUUUCAGCCAUAUAUAGAAGAAAUCUGCGAAAGUCUUCGAGGCAACAUUUUUCAGAAGUUUAUGGAAAGUGACAAGUUCACUAGAUUUUGUCAGUGGAAAAACGUAGAAUUAAAUAUCCAUUUGACCAUGAAUGAUUUCAGUGUCCACAGGAUUAUUGGACGAGGAGGAUUUGGCGAAGUCUACGGUUGCAGGAAAGCAGACACAGGAAAAAUGUAUGCAAUGAAAUGCUUAGAUAAGAAGAGGAUCAAGAUGAAGCAAGGAGAAACAUUAGCCUUAAACGAGAGGAUUAUGUUGUCACUGGUCAGUACAGGAGACUGUCCUUUCAUCGUGUGUAUGACCUACGCGUUCCACACCCCCGAUAAACUCUGCUUCAUCCUGGAUCUGAUGAACGGGGGCGACCUGCACUAUCACCUCUCGCAGCAUGGAGUAUUUUCCGAGAAGGAGAUGCGCUUCUACGCCACCGAGAUUAUCCUGGGGUUGGAGCACAUGCACAAUCGCUUCGUGGUCUACCGAGAUCUGAAGCCCGCAAAUAUACUCCUGGAUGAGCAUGGACACGUGAGGAUCUCGGACCUUGGGCUGGCCUGUGACUUCUCCAAGAAGAAGCCGCACGCGAGCGUGGGCACCCAUGGGUACAUGGCUCCCGAGGUGCUGCAGAAGGGGACAGCAUAUGAUAGCAGCGCCGACUGGUUCUCCCUGGGUUGCAUGCUCUUCAAGCUCCUGAGAGGUCACAGCCCUUUCAGACAGCACAAGACCAAAGAUAAGCAUGAGAUCGACCGGAUGACGCUCACCGUGAAUGUGGAGCUCCCGGACUCAUUCUCCCCGGAGCUGCAGUCGCUCCUGGAAGGCCUGCUGCAGCGUGACGUGGGCAAGCGGCUGGGCUGCCGUGGAGGAGGGGCGCAGGAAGUGAAAGAACACAGCUUCUUCAGAGGCGUGGACUGGCAGCACGUGUACUUGCAGAAGUACCCACCGCCCCUGAUCCCUCCCCGGGGAGAAGUCAACGCCGCCGACGCCUUUGACAUCGGCUCCUUUGACGAAGAGGACACCAAAGGCAUCAAGCUGCUUGAUUGUGACCAAGAACUCUACAAGAACUUCCCCCUGGUCAUCUCUGAACGCUGGCAGCAGGAAGUGGCGGAAACAGUGUAUGAAGCGGUGAACGCGGACACGGAUAAGCUCGAGGCCAGGAAGAGAGCCAAAAACAAACAGCUGGGCCAUGAAGAAGAUUAUGCCCUGGGGCGAGACUGCAUCAUGCACGGGUACAUGCUGAAGCUGGGGAACCCGUUUCUGACGCAGUGGCAGCGGCGCUAUUUUUACCUCUUCCCGAAUCGGCUCGAGUGGAGAGGGGAGGGCGAGUCACGGCAAAGUUUGCUGACAAUGGAACAGAUUUUGUCUGUGGAAGAAACGCAGAUUAAAGAUAAAAAAUGCAUCUUAUUCCGGAUAAAAGGAGGAAAACAAUUUGUCUUGCAAUGUGAGAGUGACCCAGAGUUUGUGCAGUGGAAGAAGGAAUUGACCGAGACCUUCACAGAGGCCCAGCGGCUCCUGCGCCGGGCCCCCAAGUUCCUUAACAAACCCCGCUCUGGUGUCGUCGAGCUGUCCAAGCCACCCCUGUGUCACAGAAACAGCAAUGGCCUCUGACGCCCAGGAGCAGCAGGGUCCUCGAGGAGUCCGCCCCGGGGGUCUCGGACCCUCGGCACAGAGCCUGUGGGAGAAAUCAAGGAUCCGAGCUCAGCACACCAACCGACCGAGCGAGCGCAGGGGGUCUCGCUCCUUCUCUCUCUCUCUCUCU